CAGUCGGACACUGCAACAGAGAGGAGCCAAGACUCCAGGCAAAAGAGGACAUCACAGAACAGAACAUGACAACACACGCACACGCACAGUCACCGCCCAACAAAACACAGGAGCACGACACAAUCGAGACCACCAGAACGUGCAGGACCGCAUCUAGCGCGGCGACAAGGCGCACACGGCCAGGACCACGACAGAAUGGACGCGACCAGGUCCAGCACGACGACAGAGCGAGGCGAGCUUGGUCACCAGCAGCACAGCGCGCACCCGAAGGGCCAGGAAGUGCUCUCCUUCCACCACCUGCAAGAACACGCGCAUGAAGAUGCGUACACAGAACCACACUGGGAGCAGCCCAGCCACCGACCGACAGCGUGCAGAGCUGUGCCGCCGCCUCCUGCUCUCUAUGAAGCUGACGAGAGGAUAAGGCAUAUGGAGGCCGGGCCAGUCGGCUGCUCGGCCAAAUAGGCCUUGAAGCGGGCCACUGGUCACAGGGCUUGGUGCUGCUAUGGACCAGGUGGGAAAUCCAAGUAGUCGUAUCGCUCAGCUUCACCAUGCAAAUCUUCCUCUUCUUUAGCGGUGGCAUCAGGCGGUACAACACAAACACCCUUCUCAGGCUUUCCAUCUGGUUAGCCUAUGUGGGGGCAGACAUGGUUGCAGUAUAUGCGCUUGGCCUCAUAUCCCGAAACGAUCAGAGCGCCACAACAUCAGCUGGAUUCAAUGGAACUAAGGAUUCGAACCAAUUCGAUAUGAAUCGCCACCAUCUAGCUUUCUUUUGGGCGCCAUUCCUACUCGUCCAUCUUGGCGGGCAGGACACCAUGACUGCUUUCUCCAUGGAAGACAACAACCUAUGGCUGAGGCAUCUACUGAACCUGUCCAUCCAAGUCUCCCUGGCCUUAUACGCCUUUUGGAAGUCGACAAGUCGGCACAACUUGAAGAUUUUAGCUCCAGCCAUCCUUGUGUUUCUUGCUGGAAUCAUCAGGUAUGGGGAGAGGACAUGGGCUCUCAAGUGCGGUAGCCAAAAUGGCCUUAGGGAAACAAGUUGGCAAUUGCCGGAACUGAAUGUCGAAGUUGAUAAAGGCAGCUAUCCCGGUACAAUCUUGUAUGUUCUAAGAUCAAUGCUUGGUGUCCGAGAUCUCUUCUCUGGACGCACUGUCUCUCAGAUGAAAGUGCGUGAGGUAUUCAAGUUCCAAUCAGACAGGCCCCUGGACCAACUGCUCAAGCUGCUGGAGGUUGAGCUUGCCAUGAUGUACGAUGAUCUGUACACCAAGGCCAUGGUGCUUCGAGCAAGGAGCGGAAUCAUACUCCGGUGCGUCAGCCAGGUCUCCAUGAUAUCAGCCUUUGCACUCUUCCUAUUUGCCAGCAACAAACAAUUUUACAGUAGAGCUGAUGUUGCAAUCACCUACGUGUUAUUCAUUGGCGGCUUUGUUCUUGAUGUCUGUGCUAUCGUUCUGAUGGCCGUGUCACCAUGGACCUGGGCAUUCUUAAAAGCUCGACAGUGUGAAAGGCUUUCCCAUGUUGCUUGGCUUCUUCUCUCCAGUAGCAUCGGUUGGCCGGAGAAUAGGACAUUGUGGUCGAACUCCAUGGGGCAGUACAACUUCCUUAGCUCGUGUAUGGGCCAUGAUCGGUCAAGAACAUCAUCCAAAUCACUUAUCACCAUCAGAAAGAUGUUAAGAGCAAUUGAGAAGAAGCUUUUUGUCAGAAAGCUACGCCACACCAAGCAUGUCAAGGUAAGCAAGGACAUCAUGGACAAUGUUGUAACAUGGGUUGGACGUGUUGCUCGCGAGGAGUUUACAAGGAUCACUGAACAACAACACUGGGUACAUCUUCGCCCGAUUAUCAAAGCUACGCUGAACUCUGCCGCUAAUUCUUUCGGGGAUAACAUCAUCCUCUUGCAUACAUACACAGAGUUGCACUUGCGGAAACGCCCCAACGACGAGGCCAUUAUUGGCAUGGAUACUGAGACAAUAUCAAUUAUAAUGGAUACAUGCAGAAAGAUAUCAAACUACAUGGUGUACCUCUUGGUUGCGCAGCCUUCCAUGUUGCCACUCAGUGGCACAGCAGAGGACACACUAGCAAAUUUUUAUGAGAAGAUGAGCAGCAAGAAGAAUGACAGCAGCAAUUCCGAGCAAGAUGUUCUGGACACGGCUUAUCAGCUGGUGGAGGAUUUGCUAGAGUUUGGCGAUGAGGAAUGCUUGAAAGAGCAGGAAGAACCCGGACCAUGGCGCGAGACACUGAUGGAGAUCAGAGACAUGUGGAUGAGGCUGCUUGUUUUUGCGGCCGGCAAGUGCCAAGCGGAGCUGCACGCCCAGCAGCUGGGCAGAGGAGGUGAGCUCCUCACCUUGGUGUGGUUACUAAUGGCGCAUAGCGGCAUCGGAGAUGUUGGUCAUCAGGUAGACCUGAUAAGUAGUAAUGAUGUCAUGUCAGGGCAGUUUUGUGCAUUCCAUUUUCCUAGUGAAUCUCAACAAUCUAGCUAGCGCAUAGAUCAGUUGAUUGCAUGCUUGGUUGAGGAGCUGAUCAAUUAAAUAAAUCCAUCCAUUCAAUUAUAGAGAAAUGUCUCAUGUAGGCCAGCAGCUAUCAAAUGCUGGUACGAUGGAACUCC